UAUCCAAUAAUAUAAUUCUCAGCACAACAAAAGACUAAAAAAUAUUAGCAGUGCACGUGUGAAUAUUGCCACAUUUUUUUUUGCAAGUAAUACAAUAAGUAUUUUUUGCUCGAGUUAUCUUCGAUCAUUCAAAGUCUUCUUUUUGGCUUCCAGUUCAAUACGUUUUUGUUUGACCAGUUGAGAAAUUAAUUACGACUCAAUUUCAAUGUGCACAUAAUUGCCUUUGACGGGAAACUCGACCCUCCCAACAUGGCCGCCACGAACGCACAUUGUUAUCCGGGCUGCAGCAAAGUGCUGCAAGAAAAAGAACGUCUCCGCCUUUUCUUCCUCGUUAUGCAUUUGUAAAAAAUAUCUCUUAUCAUGAUUAUGUUGAGGUUUUCAAGUGACGUGUACACAAUAGAAAUCCUUACGAGCUAACACAGCAAUGGACAAUCACUAAAUAUUGAAUUUCGGGGAAAAAAAACAAAAACUACAAAUUAACACUUCCGGUGCAACUUUUCGUCACGCAAGCUACGGAGUUAGCGUCACUAGGAGUACGACAUCAGGCGGCCCAGAGGGCACAUCGUCCUAUGUUGCCCGCCAUCCUCCGCUUCCCUCUCGCCCGGUUCGCCCCGGCGGCCCGCUUCGCCACCCGCAUGGACCCCGCUCGGCCCGUGGAGGGCGCCGUCGUCGCCAAACUGAGGGCCGCGUUCAGUCCCGAGCACCUGGAGGUGCGCAACGAGAGCCACAUGCACGCCGUGCCCCCCGGCUCCGAAUCGCACUUCCGCGUGCUGGUGGUCAGCGCCCGCUUCCGGGGCCUGACGCCGCUGCAGCGCCACCGCCUGGUCAACGAGACGCUGAAGGCGGAGCUGAGCGCUCGCGUUCACGCGCUGGCCAUCCAAGCCAAGACCCCCGAGCAGUGGCGCGAAGAUCCCGGCGUGGCCGAGAGCCCUCCCUGCUUGGGGGGGUCGCGAGGGGACGACGCCGUGGAGGACAAACUGAAAGCGGGACCUUGACAUUGGCGGGGGGGACGGACGGACGGACGGACGCUUCUUGGUGGACAACUUGGGCCUUUUAGCCGAAUAAAUGAUUAAACCUUGA